CGACGCAAUUCAUUGUUCCCCGGCCACCCGAUUCUCUUAUUCUGUGCAUCAAAAAGAACGGCGAAUUCUCCGGCCACACGCUCUUUUCGAGACUUCCUAUUCACAACACUCGUUAAUAAUUCAAUAAUACUAGUCAUUGUACUCGGUCGACGGCCUCACUCUCUAGGCACCGGCCACUCAUAUCUUAAUUACUGCCCUCUUGAAUUCCUGGAGAACUCGGAACAAGCAACCCUCUUAUCGAACGUCUUGACGAUCGAUCUAAUCCACCCCUCAUCUCAGUCAAUCAGUCAAGAUGGCGUGCUCAGCGUAUCCACGCGACGACACCUUCUUCGUCGAGUCGGACGAGCCGAGCCAGCGGAUGACGAUGCGGGAUGCUGCCAAGAUGCUUGCCCGAAACAAGCAGGAGAUGAUUGCCAACGAACUCUCAAGGCUGGCCUGUGACGAGUAUCUGGAGGACAUCAUGCAGCACAUGCGCCACAUGGAGGACGAGACAUUACCGGACGCGAAUCUCAUCGACAUGCAGCGCGAGAUUCAAUGGUUUAUGCGGCCGUACCUCAUCGAUUUCCUGAUCGAAGCCCAUGCCGCAUUCUCCCUCCUCCCCGAGACGCUCUUCCUGACAGUGAAUCUCCUGGACCGGUACUGCUCGAAACGGGUCGUGUACAAGCAGCACUACCAGCUGGUCGGCUGCGCCGCGCUUCUCAUCGCCGCCAAGUACGGAGACAAGAAGGACAGGGUACCUCAGAUCAGCGAGCUCAACAACAUGUGCUGCGGACUCUACGAUGCGGGCAUGUUCACGCAGAUGGAGAUGCACGUUCUCAACACUCUUGACUGGAGCAUUGGGCACCCGACCGUGGACUUCUUCACGCAGUUGGUUGUCGCCGAGGAGCGGGACAGCAGGGAGGUGGAGCACAUGGCGGCCUACAUCUGCGAGAUCGCCCUUUACCACCGGGACUUUGUGUCGACGAAGCCUUCGGUCAUGGCCAGGGCCUCGCUGGCGCUCGCUCGUGCCAUUCUGGGCAAACCGGAGGUCAACGACGGCGAGUGGGACCACAACGACAACAUGACACUACUAACGCUGUCACAACACCUACACCAGCCAUCCGUUACCCUGGCCAGGAAAUACUCGAGCCAGUACUACUCCAGGGUGUCGACCAAGCUGGCCGACUUCCUCGCCCACCAGGCCGCGAUCGCCCGGAGAGGAGCACCGCCCUCGCCCGUAUCAGAGCCCACCGUGUCGAGCAAGUCGGGCGAUGUCUACAGCACCCCCAGCAAGGGACUGGGCGCCGUUCCCGGCGUGGCCGACGGUUAUAUGACGCCCCCCAUCACACCGGAUGGCUCAUGCUUCGGCCAGAACAAUGCGAUGAUCAAGGAUUACCAGGUACCGCCCCGGUGUCCAGUAACCCCGACUCCUCAACCGGGCCAUGGGCCGUCAUCAUACCAGCAGCCACAUCUCCCACAACAACAACCACAACAACUACUACCGCAGCACCAUCAGCAGCAACAUAUGGCGGGGCCAUCCUACUUUGGUGGGGCUGCAUCGCAUAUGUCGUACUGAGAUGGCCGCUUUGCCGUGGCACUCGGGUUGUGGCAGAGAUUUGGCAGCCGCUUCAAGGUUGUCGCGCCGGCCCAGCUCCUUUCCCCAUGUGAA